AUUGCCUUGUGUUUUUACCAUUAUUUUCAUUUCCUUUGAAGAACAUCAACAAAAAAAAGAAAUGGGAAGAGGGAAAAUUGAAAUAAAGAGGAUAGAAAAUUCAAGCAACAGACAGGUUACAUAUUCAAAGAGAAGAAAUGGGAUUAUCAAGAAAGCCAAAGAAAUUACUGUUCUUUGUGAUGCUCAAGUUUCUCUUGUCAUUUUUGCUAGCUCUGGAAAAAUGCAUGAAUAUUGCAGCCCAUCUACACCUUUGGUUGACAUCUUGGAUAAGUAUCACAAGCAAUCUGGGAAGAGGCUGUGGGAUGCUAAGCAUGAGAAUCUGAGCAAUGAAAUGGAUAGAGUUAAGAAAGAAAAUGACAAGAUGCAGAUUUUACUCAGGCAGUUGAGAGGAGAAGAUAUAACAUCUUUGAACUAUAAGGAGCUAAUGUCUCUUGAAGAAGCUCUUGAAAAUGGCCUCACUAGUGUUCGUGAGAAGCAGUCGGAGUUCAUGAAAAUGAUGAGGACAAAUGAAAAAAUGAUGGAAGAGGAGAACAAGCGCCUCAACUAUGAACUGUACCAAAAGGAGAUGGUGGCAAUGGGAGAUGGUGUGAGAGAGAUGGAUAUUGGAUAUAAUCAAAGAAUGAGAGAUUUCAAUUCUCAAAUGCCUUUUGCCUUCAGAGUUCAGCCUAUUCAGCCAAAUCUACAAGAAAGGAAUGAUUAAUCAUA